GACACGGAAAGAGACAUAAAUAUAACGUGACCUCUCAUGAUGUUCGGAUAAGCACUUGUCAAAUAAUGUUGCCCUAAAUAUAUAUUAUGACAACAAAUUGUACAUUAAGAUGAAAAUAUCAAGUUGGUUGGCUUUGACUUUAUACCUUAUAAUCGGAUAUACAACAUAUUAUGCUGAUUGUCAGAAUGUUCCAUGUGGAGAGCCAGCAAUUCAACCAGUAAGCAGCCGUGUGGUCGGAGGGCAUGAAGCUAAGGUUGGAUCCUGGCCAUGGAUGGUAAUGCUAGCUGAAGAAGGGGUCAUGGUUUGUGGAGGGAGCAUUCUUAAUGAACAAUUUGUACUUACAGCUGCCCAUUGUUUUGAAGAUAUGUUAAGCAGGACAGCAUCUCGAUGGUUGGCAUACGUAGGUAAGCACCAUUUGGACUAUCCUGACGAUACAGAAUCAGCACAUCAUGUUCAGGAAAUUAUUUUACACCCAGGCUUUCAAAAUGGAUCAAUGAAGAAUGAUAUAGCUCUUAUAAAACUUCAAGAGCCGAUAGUUUUCAAUGAUUACGUAAAGCCUAUUUGUGUUCCACCAACAAGACGCCGGGUUGUUGCCGUUAACUCAUACUGCUACACAACAGGAUGGGGCGACACUCAGGGUACAGGUGACAGGAACGUGCUGAACCAAGUCAUGUUACCUCUAAUUAGCGACUAUUUUUGUAGUCGAGCCGACUGGUACGGAACACAUUUUAUAAAAGGUGUAACUUUUUGUGCUGGCUAUAUGGGUGGCGGCCGGGAUGCUUGCACGGGAGACAGCGGCGGGCCCUACAACUGUAAGAAGGAUGGGAAAUGGUAUGUUCAAGGUGUGACAAGUUGGGGAUUCUACUGUGCGCAGCCCAAAUGGCCAGGCAUAUACACCGACGUUUCCAAAUAUGGUACUUGGAUUAGAGAGACCAUGUUAAAUUCAGGACUACCCUUAAAUGAUUAAUGUAUUAAUGUCAAUAUAAUUUUUAUAAUCAA